CUGAAUUUCAGAAAGGCCCUUCGUCCCCUCUCUUGGCUCAUAUUUCUCCUGGGGGAAGACUGUAGUCAUCAUCGUUCUCCUCAGCCACUCAGUUCAGUGCCAAUACAAUGCUCAUCCCCUCCAUCGCCACACCUCAGUCCCUCCUCUCCAACCCCGCCGCCGCCGCCGCCACAGCCACCGCCACCGCCACAGCCACCGCCACAACCUGCAGCCUCCUCCACCUCGCCUGCAAAUGCAACUCCACCAGGCCGAGCCCCGCCUCUCAGAAGCUCUCCCCUCUCUGCGCCUCCCGCGACUCUGCCUCCCUCCUCAACACCACACCUGGCCCGCCUCUCCACCACGUUGCGGAUGAUGACUCCCAGGGAUCACCGCUGGUGCCUUCCGCCUCCGCUGUCGCGUCCGCUAUCCGUAGAGCGUCGAAUUCGCCGGUGGAGUUUAUGCAGAGGAUCGAGAAGGACCGGAGGAGCGGGCUGGUGCUUCCGAGUCCCGAUUUCCAGAGGCUAUGCAUCGAGCAGCUUGACCUGUUUCGACGCAUUGUUGAUCCCGAUGCUCUGCUCUCGGUGUACGUAAGACCAGCUGGUAGUUACGUUAUGGACCGCCUUGAGCUGCGCCGAGUUACUUCCUAUCCUGAGCAGGCAGUCAAUGCGCCGGGCGUUGUCAUUUUGAUCGGAAAUUUCAAUGUUCCAACAGGACUGCGCGCCGCUGAAGCUGCUUUAUCCAAUCAACAAGAUGAGGAGGUGCCGGAAUGCAGGGCUGUGGUUUUUCCGAUGGUGAAGCACCCUUUUGUAGUUGGGUUUUUGGUGGUUGAGCUUCCAACGAGGGAAGAGCACGAGUUAUUGCACAGCCCUUCCCCCGAGGAAGCAUAUGCUUUGCCACCUUCAGGAAUGGGUAUUAAGUUGAGAGAUAUUCCAAGUUUUAUGGAUGAGAAACCGCGAAUGUACAUGUUGUCUUCUGAGCAAAGAUCAAAUGCAAUCAACAUCUCUCGUUCUUUGGCAAUGGCGUAUGUUAUGGAUCAGAAAGCAUUGUUGCUUCAGCAAUCUUCUUGGCAAAAUAAUGUCCGUAUGAGCAAUUUAGUUGAGCAAAUUCGUGGUCCACUAUCUAGCAUCCAAACUUUGACUAAGAUGUUGUCCAUGCACAUGAAAAGAAGUGAGAUUGCAUAUGACAUUGUUGAAGACAUUCUGGUACAAGGUGAUCAAAUUAGGGAUACUCUAAAACAGCUCCAGGAAGCGGUACACCUGACAAAGGCUAAUAUAAUGCGCUACAAUGAGGAAAAUUUGAAGAAGAUGAAUGGUUUAACUUAUGGCCAUCAGAAAUCUGUGACGCCUCAUUUGUCCAACAAGUCAUCACAAGAAACUUCCACCAUUGGCAGGUUUUCUCCGGAUUCAGCAGUUAAGGAUUUGGAGUUGCCGAUGCCACCUCUGGCGCUGGCCCCUCUACGGCAACAUGGAAUCAGACCGUGCAGUAUUUCUGAUGUGCUGUCUGAUCUUGUUGAAGCCAUAAGCCCACUUGCUCAUAGGCAGCAAAGAGUUGUAGAACUCAGCGAACUCUCGCACACCCUGGAAGUCGCAGUAGAGGAGCCUGCUCUGCGCCAAGCUCUGAGCAACUUGAUCGAGGGUGCAUUAUUGCGAACUCAAGUCGGUGGUAGAGUCGAAAUUGUAUCAACUGGAGCACCAGCAGGCGGUGCUCUCGUUGUGAUUGAUGAUGACGGUCCUGACAUGCACUACAUGACUCAGAUGCACUCGCUGACACCGUUUGGGCCGGGCCUUUUGUCUGAGGAUAUGGUUGAGGACAACAUGACGUGGAACUUCGUUGCAGGUCUCACUGUUGCUCGCGAGAUACUAGAGGGCUAUGGAUGUGUCGUGAGAGUGAUAUCUCCCAGGACAUCUGGUGCAGCCCUUGGAGCUGGUGGGACCCGCGUCGAACUUUGGGUUCCCUCUUUCACAUCAAUACCCGAGAAAGAUAAACCGGAUCAGAAAGAUUAGCUGGAAGGUCGGAGUGCUGAUGGAAAAUGAUUGCUUAUCUCCCCAGAGAAUGGAUGAAAGUGGAUCCGAUUCAGCGCUUAGGUACCUGAACUGGUAUGAACCCGAAGGAUUUAAAACCUUUGUGCACUUUCAACUUCAGUUGCUGGUCCUGUAAAGUUGCUUCCACUUUACGGCACUGUUUGUGAAAAUUUGUACAUAGCAUACCAUAAGGAGUCCUCACGAAUUCUCGCGUAGCGGAGAAAAUUUACUUGUCACACUGAUUUAUGCUAUAGAUGCAGUAUACAUCCGAGAGUCGAGAAUGGGGGAAGGAAGGCGGGAUAUUCUGGAGUCCAUACGAUUCCGUCCUGUCUCUAUUGGAUGUGUUGGUCUAUUAGAUUCCUCUUGACACAUGACAAUACGUUCUUCGACUCGAUCACUUUUGAUGUAUGCAUACAAUCAAGUUGGCUGAACUUGGUUUUCGGCUUGUCCGAUAUAUGUACCUGUUCGACACAAAGUUCGGGCAUACAAUCAUGUAUAAAUGGUGAUCUCCAUUUUACUUUUUCUUAAGCUA